GGGCGUGCGGGGCCGGGCUCGGGGCGGGGGUCCGCCGGCGGGAGGGCUGGGGCCUCCCCGCUGAACAGCGGGUGGCCGUUAACCCUCCGCGCGGGCCCCGCCGGGCCGUCUGUGGGGGGCGCGGGCUCGACCUGAGCUGCCGUCGGUCGGUCGGGUCAGUCCCCCUGCCCCUCUCUUGAACAGAGCUAAUUUCUGACCGCGUGGGGUGACAGCGUCCUGGUGCGCUUGUCUGGCUGUGCUGCCCUUAGGAGCUGUACUCGUAUGAGAGGUUUAGUUACUGAAUGUAAUGAUUAAACGUCACGUUAAGGAAUUUCAGGAAUCCUGGACAGCAGUGCUGUAUUUCAAGGCUUUUUACAGAGUUUACAACACUUUUUGCAGAAGUAGUCUUGGUUUAUUUGAUGCCACGUUUGAAGAGAGCGCAGUGAGAUUUCUGUGAUUUUCCAUAAGCUGUAUGUGUGAGGCUGUUGCUGAAAUUCACACAUACUAUGGAGGAAGGAAAAGAAACAGUAGCACAUCGCUCAAGUCAUGUGACUGAAGAAAAAUUGGGUAUUUGCAAGAGCAAUGUUUCAGACUUGCCUCUUCUGACUGAUGAAAAGUUUGAUUUUGACCUUUCACUGUCUCCUGCAAGUGGAAAUGAAGAUGAAGUUUUUGUUGGACCUCUGGGACACAAAGAAAAAUGUAUUACUGUCAGCAUUGAAGCAAUGAAAAGUGCUGAAAAAAAGAUUGCACCUCCUUCUGAUGAUAAACUUAUGUGGAGCCCACUUACAGGAGAGAAAUUUGUUGAAAUUUUCAAAGAAGCUAAUUUGUUAGCACUGCAGAUAGAGACUGGAAAUAAGAGUGAACAGAAUAAAGUAAGCCAGUCAGAAGAACAAGAAAACAAGGUUAUAGAAAAAUUUGUGGAAGACUCCAUGUCAAAACUGAAGAUACUAAGGAAUAAAAAUAUGGAAAAAAGCCCCAGGGCUAUUAAAAGGGAGACAUACUGUGUGUGGGAGAGUCCAGUCUGUAAGCUGCCACCUUCUUUUCAGAAGAAAUCAGAUAAACUUUUUUCAGAUGACAAAACACAUGCUCUUCAUACUCCUCCAAACAGAAGCCCUGUUAAAAUUCAUAUAUCUCCGAAACUUGCUGGCUCACCUCUUGCUCAAAACCAGAAAACUAAGGAAAGAAAUAAAAAGACAAUUGGCAAAGACAAUUUGCAAAUGGCAAAGACUUCAUCUGCUCUUGGAAAAAACAAUUUGUUGACUGUAGAAAAGCCCAAACCAGGAAAACACAGUAGCAUUUCUACAAAAAGAGACUUGAACAGCAUGGGAUCAUCUGAGGAUCUUAUUUCUGAUAAAUCAAGUGCUGCUUCAGAUGUCUUUGAGUCUUCAUUCAGUGGCAGUUCCUCAAUACAAGACAAAAGAGCCCUUCCUGCACCAAGUAAGUUUGGCUUAAAGAAGAUGACAACACAUCUGAAACUUCCUGGUGUUGCUGGUGGUCUCACAAGAAAGACUACUUCAUCUUCUUCUUCGUCAUCAGUUUCCAGCAUGAACUCAAGUCUGAAUUCAAGUUUAUCCAUUUCUCCCAUACACAAAAACGGUAAAUCAAGUGUGUCUUAUAAAGCUUGUGUGAGUGGCUGUAAACUUUCAUCCAAUGCAAACAGGCCGGCCCUGGUCAGGCCUACCAGAGUGUCAUCUCUGCAGGCUGCCAAUACUGAGAGAUCUGGCAAGCAAGCGAGAUCAGCUAGUACUCCAAAAAUAUCUAGUGCUAUAAGCUUAGCCAAAUCUUCAGCUUCUGCAACAUCAUCUGAGUCUGUAGGCAGUGGAAUUCAGAGGCUUAGUUCUGUUCCUAAUCUGCAGAAGCUAUGUCAGCAGAAUAAAGAUAGAAGUGCAACAAAAGCAAGCUUGUGCCCAAAGCCCAAGACUAGAGUUCCCUCUGUGCCUACAAGUCAAAUUAAGGUUCCAGCAAAGGGUGGAGAUACAACACCAGACAAAUCAGCACCAAAAGCAACACCAUCUCUUGGAUUAACAUUUUGUAGCACAUUUGGAAGCGCGAUGGCAGUCAGCACUCCUGUGAAGCAUUCAGAAGAUGGUGUCUCUCAGAAUUCUUGUUUUCGUGAGCGGUCUGUUUCAAUGACUCCUGCCAGUUUAAAACGGUCUGCCUUACCUACGCCCAUCCGUCGUAUCUCAGGAUUUCCAGCAGUGACUCCUAAAACUGCACCAAGAAUGGCAGUUUCUCCACAUCUUGCAUCUGUUCGCCAAAGUUUCAGCCUGUCUACUAAAAAGACCCUUACAGCUGGUGCUAAGCAGACAAAAGAGACUAAGACACAGAUAUCUUCUUCAGAAGAUGAUAUAUCUCCUCCACUUGUGCUACCUCUUACACUUGACUUUUCACCAGAAAAGACUGCAGAAAUAGUAGAAAGUGAAUUAAAAGAGGCUGGAGUACAAAAUCAGCUGGCUGAUGAGAGAGAAACUAAUGAGAUCUUACUGGUAGAUUUCGGAAUACAUAAAUCUCUCCCUCACACUUUGGAAUGUGAAAGUAGGCCUCUAAUUGAUCUUUCCAAUACUCCUGAAGUGAAUAAGAUUAUUCCUCUAAAGCCUACUCUCUCAGGACAGGUAAAGCUAAUUGAUUUGAGUUCUCCUCUCAUCACUCUGAGUCCUGACGUGAACAAAGAAAAUCUGGAUUCCCCUCUACUGAAGUUCUGAAUUUGAGUUGAAAUGAAGAAUUCUUGGCAUCUGUGAUCUUUAAGGCGUUUAGGUCUUUAGGUGUUACCCUUCACUCAUACUGCUUUAUGAAGAUAGCUAUGGAGUAUCUGAACUUUAACACAACAGAAUUCUCAGUCUUGAUAUAGUCAAACUGAGUCUGAUUUAAUGCUCUUUGCAUGGAUAUGCCACUGUGGAUAUAUUUAAACUUUGCUCUGAAGCAAAAAGGGAUAUCCUCUGUAUUGGAAGUCUGUCUUUUUUUUCUUCCUACCAAUUGUCCUGUGCCUCCCUGUCCCCGGAGUGUAACAAAGGUUGAAUUUAAAAUAAAUGGGUUGUUUAAUUAAACUGAAAAAAUUAUUGUACAAAAUGGAAGCCUUUUACUACAAGUUUCAGUUAGACUAUUCUAGUGUUUCACUAAUGAAUCUUAAGGUGUAGUUAAAGGCAGUGGAAACUAAUUUUGUUUAUACAAAAAUAUAGCAAGUCUGGAAAUGAAUUUGUUACUAUUGAAUGCUAGUGGAAUACACUAAUAGCAAUAGCUGAAUUUGUGUGAUUAAAAGGAGAAAGCAGCCUGAUGGUUUGGUCUUGAACUUUGAGGGUUUGAUUUGAAUCGUCUCACUUUCAAAGAACAAAUAUUUAUGAAUCUUUCUUACCUGACAGCCUGCCACACUGUCAUAAUUGGGUGAGGGUGUGAUGUACUAUACAGUUUUUAAAUGGAGGUGAAUGGAAGUGAAAAUGGACACUGUAGGAGAAGCCAUAAACUGUUGAAGCAACAAGCUCCUCUGUGGAGAUUGGAGGCUCCUGCUGUGUGUGUAUUAAUAUAUUUAAUUCAUGAAACUUAGUAAGAGAUGGAAGUGGAUUUUAAACAGCUGUUUAUUCAUUCAAAAAGCAGUGGGAGUUUGAAGCUCUACUGUAUUAAGUGUUUAACUGUGAAGAAAUGUUCAGCUGAGUUCAUCAAACAUGUUUUGAUGUUGAACAAGGCUACUAGCCUGUCUUUAUCUGAAGGUACUUGUCUACUUCCCAGCACAGCUACCAUUCCUAUGGUUACUGCAGCAUCAGACUCUCUUAUGAAACACAGCCAGGUCCUCGGAGUCAGAGGAAACAACCAUGCUACCUGCUCUUGCUAAAUAUGAACUGUACUAAUGUGCAAUUUGUUGCUUUGCUUUUCUUUUUAUUAACAGCAAGAUGACUUCAUCCAAGCGUUUAUGGAAAUUUUGCUUACAAGCUAAUGCUGUGCAGUUAAAACAAUACUCACAACAGGUCUUCUGCUAGACUUGAAAUGAGGGAGAACUGAAUUCUUCCAUAUAUUGUUCUAAAUGUAAACAAAAGGAAAGAUUAAAAUCACAAAAACUUCUUUUGCUUUAAUUAGUGGUGUCUUUUUAAUGCAGUAAAUGAAUAUAACAGGUUUAUGCCCUCUAUGUAAGAGUACUACAUGUUCUAUACCAGUUGAGAAAAUUAAAUUUUGUAAAUUUAUGCUUCUGCAGACAGAUCUAAAUACUAUUUUCAAGCAUGAUGAUGACAACUUAAGCAAAAGUAGUUUAUCAGCAGUUUUGACUAGCUUGUGUUCUAGUAGCCAGAACUCAGCUGAACUGACAUUGGGAGUCAGCUGCAACUCAAAACACCUAGAAGUGCUGUCCUAAAGCAGGCAUCUGGUCAGCUGAACAGUUCUGGGAUCCCCUGCCUGUAUUGAUUAACUAUUAACUGGAGUUUAGACAGUGGGGUUAUAACUAGACAUAGAUAUGUCUUCAAGAAUGUGUACCUUCAAGUGUAACUCAGUUGUCCAAACAUCUUGUCUGGUGCCACUUGAAAUGCAGUAAGUCUAGGACAUCUGUGUGGGGUUGAUUGGUGCUGCAUGGUCCUGUGGGCAAUCUGCAUGGUUUGGUAGCAGCAGCUGGAGGCAGGUAGAAUAACCUUGGGCAUAUUAAGUGAUGAUAAGCAUGUAGAAAUUGGAGCUACAAGAUGUAGCUACGUGUGGUCUCAGAGCUUAAUAUUUACACUGAGUUUAACUGGGUCUGUCUUUGAGCAAUACAGUUCAUAUGUUGUUGCUGAUGAAAGGCUGACAGGUUGGAGGACUCUUUGAAUGUGUUUAACUGUACUAAUUUCCCUGAAGGAGGGUUGUUGGUCUGAAAGCUUGUCUAACUUUUCCACCUUACUAGUUGGUUUAAGUAAUGUAUUGCCUCUACUGUACAUCCCAUGUCCUGCCUCUUUAAGCAGUGAAUAAAUUCUGCUACUGAGAA